AAGUUAGUAGUUGUACCUUGGCAACAGAGUAAACAAGUUUAGUAAGGGAAUCCUUUAAAAAUGCGAAAAUUCAAAAGAAAAGUUUAUCGCGAAUAUGAAAACUUCGUUCGACCCAAAACCCAUGUGGAACCGGACCCUCCAAAACCCAUUAAUUUAUCAAUUGAGGAUUUCAAUGCGCGCGGAGAAAUCGCCAGUCCCCGAGCUCCUUGUGUGGUGACCACCAUCGAUCCCGACUACAUAAAAGAUGCCAGCCUGCAGCGUUUGGCCAGAAAGUUUCGCAUGAAAACGGACAUCCUACUUCUGCGAGAGAUUACACGCAAUCGUUUCAUGUACUACGCCACCCAAGAACUGUUCUUGGACCGGAAACGUGAGAAAGAAUAUCAGGACAACCUGUACGAGAAGGCCGAGGAGUUUCACAAGUUUGCCGAGGACUCGCUCAAGAAGAUGGAGGCGGAGGAGUUCAAGAAAAUGCUGGAGGCGCAAGAGAAGCUGAAGAAACUGAAGGAAAGUAAACUAGCCGAGGAGCUCAAUGAGGUGAAACUGGAGCACCAGCGAGUCCUGAUGGAAGUGCAGGAAGUCUACGGUCGCUUUCAGUAUCUGCUCAAGCUGAUCAGCUACUUUGACGACACGGUGGAGGAGGAGGAGCAGACCGAAGGGGAGGAGGACAGCGGUAGACUGGUUAUGCCACAGGAGAUUGUGGCAAUGGAGAUUACCGAACGGAAUCCAGCAGGACUGGAGCAAGUGCGCCAAGUUCAGAGCUACAUGGAGAAGAUAGUGCGACCCUAUCUGGCCAAGCGGAAUCACCUCAACGCGGAGAUCUGGAUACGUGGCUAUGAAAGGAACCGCCUGAAGGUCUCCAACUACAAUAGGCGUUUUACUCAGUUGGCACUCUUGAACCACAUCGUGGGUAUCCUCCACUACAAGUCACAAAAGACUUACGAACGCCAGGUGAAAGCCAAUGUGUUCCUCAAGGAUCCCGAGUUCCUGCAACGACGUGUGGCAGGACUUCAGGAGCGUUCUAAGGAUCUACUGAAUGACUACGAACAGAAAUACUGCAAAGACAAGCUGAAUAUCAAGCUAAAUAGCAUUAUCCCAGUGAUCCUAAAGCACAUCAAAAACAAAGUUCAGCCGGAGCAGAGGAAAGAGGUGACGGAGCCGCCGCCUAAGCAGGCAGCAGAGAAGUCAGCGAAGCAGUGGCGCACCUUGGAGGAUAUGCAGCCCCCAACGCCGCCACCAAAGUCCACUUACGAGGACGAACAGGACACAACUUUGGCCAAGGUGGAGAAAAUCCAAGCACAUGUUCUGGAACUUUUGGCCAAGUUGGACCACAUUGAGCCAAGCAAACUGCAAAGCGUGGAGCAGCAGGUACGCCGUCGCAUGGCAGCGGAAAAGGAGAUGUCUCGCCGGGCACUGGUCAAACAGAACCGCCUGCACAACUGGAUGGCGCACUUUAAAAAGCACCAUCACCUACAAGUGGAGCAGCGAUGGAAAAACAAGGUCUAAGCGGAUCAUCAUUAAUAUUCACAACUCAACUUAAGCAUUAUAAAACACUAAAUCGGCUAAAGAUGUAAAAGAUGUAUCAGCAAAGAAGAA